CGGCUGGUUGGAGAGCGGGUGACAAAACACUCUGGAUUUACACACCAAAAAACGAACAAUAACCCGACGGACCCUCGCUCCAAAACGGCUCGAAUUCCUCGGCAGAUAGUUUAUCCUCGAAAGUAAGUGGAGCCUCUGCUAUUUCAGGAGGGAAGUGGCCAAAUAAUAAUAAUGGCCACGGAGCGCACCGUCUGCGAUUGAGUGUGUUCACGGACCGGGACUGAUGUUUCACAAAAGAGACCGCUGCUGCUGCUACUGCCCGGACUCGAGCGUGGAGCCACAAAGCGAGGAGAAUGGCAGAAGAGGUGAAAGAGACGGCGCGCCACAAAGGAGGGCAAAGCAGGACGCGUGUGUGCGGAGGAGCGGUGCCCUAGAUCUGAGCAACAUCUGAGUUACUCGGACAUCCCAGCCUCCAUUCAUGCUGUUCAGGGCAGAAGUGUCUCAGCCAGCACCUGGGAAAACAAAGCGAAUGCGUCCAGUGGCGGCUCAUCCCCGUGCGUAAAUGGAGACGCAUCUGUGCGUAUUCGCGGUACUUUUUUCAACAUGCGGACAAUACACGCGUGUUUGUUCAUCUCAUUAACCCACGUCCGGCCCCGUGACCGCAGUGGUAUAGAUGCAUUAAAGACUUCCUCAUACUUUCAUAUCUGCCAUGAGUGAUGGCCAUGCCUGCACAAUCUGACAGUGCCGGUGUGCAGGGCAGCUCUCACGAAAAAAGCUCAAGCGCACCGGAUCGCAAUGGUUAUGUGAAAGCAUGUGUCAUCCCACUGUGCCGUGACCGAGGCUGCGAGUCGUGGGUGAGGCUAAUGUUCACAAAAUCAUGGAGUUCCCAGAGACUCCGGAGUGCGGUGUGUGUGGGGUCGCUCUCGGUUUUUCUCGCUCUGUUGGUCAAAUGUGCAGAUUGGAGAGCUGGAGCCAGCAGCAGCAGCAGCGCUGACAACACACUCUCGCAUUCAUCGUCCUCCCUUCACUUCGUUACAGGCUGCGCUGCGGAGCUGUUGCAAACUUGCUGGAGUGUGGUCUCGCCAUUGUUCACCCUCCUAUGUGCCUUCUUUUGGGUCGGUGUGUACCUAUUCCGCUGCGGGGUGCUGAUCCAGAGCGCCCUCUCCCUCCUGACCGUGUGCCACCUGGGCGAAGCGGCGGCGUGGUCUCUCCUGGACGGGACAGAUGAGGAGGAGCGGCUGUUCUCGUUCUCCACCGCGGCCGUUGUCGCGCUCGUCUGCGUGGCCACCGGCGCACUCAUGGUAGCGCGGCUGAACCGGGGCAUAUCCGUGAUCGUUCUCCUCAGCCUGAUCAGGACUAUCUCGCUCUUCUCGCUGCACAAAGUCAGGGCCACUUGGAGACCGUACGUGGCGUACCUGGUUGGAGCGCUGGGCAUCCUGCUGGCGAGGUAUGCUGACAAGCUCCUGCCUAACCAAGGGAGACACAAGGAGGGCUGCACCCCCGUGACAGGAGCCAGGGAAGAGAUCCCUGUAUUUAAAAGGCGCAGGAGGUCCAGUUCUGUGAUAGCGUCAGACAUGGCACACAGUCAGUCCAACAGUAAGUCACAUCGCCGGACCUCUCUGCCAUGCAUCCAGAGGGACCAGAUGCUUUCCCGCUCGGAUUGGGACCACAAGAGAGGCUCCCGAGGAUCACAGUCAUCAGGCACCACAGUCAUGGUGGACAUAGCAGUGAUGGGAGAGGCCCAUGGACUGAUCACAGACCUGCUGGCUGACCCCUCGCUGCCCCCCAACACCUGCACCUCACUGCGGGCUGUCAGCAACCUGCUAACCACCCAGCUCACCUUCCAGCCGCUGCACCGGCCACGCCCUGUUUCCCUGCUCAGCCCCAGCGAUGCCUACACCUGCUCCGACUCGGAGGAGGGACCGGAGAAAGGGGAGAAGACAUCCAUCCACAAGCGUCUGAGGCGAAGUCUCCACCCGGGUCUUCUGAGGAGGAUCUCUUCCACGUGGACCACCACCACCUCCGCCACAGGCAUGCCCACCAUAGAGCCCGGGCCCGUCCGAAGGGAUCGCAGCGCCAGCAUCAAACCCUUCCAUGAAACGCUCAUCUGCAGCUGUGGGAGACCGUACAUCAAACUGAGCACUGGGGAGGGUUCCAUAGACAAGGGAGACAGGAUACCACGGUCAGCAGAGGACCAAGUGGUUGUGUCAUCAGACUACGACAGCACCCACGAAGCCAACCACAGUGAAUGCAGCGAUGUAGCACAUACAGAAGAGGACACAGAGGAAGGAAAAAACCCUGGCCAGAAUGUCAUCCUCCACUCACUCAUACCUCCAGAGGACCAACCAAUGUUGGCUCCAGAGCCGUUAGUAAUGGAGGACCUAGAGCCUCUGAUGAGUCAGCUAAACAAUUGGAACUUCCCCAUCUUCAGCUUGAUGGAGAAGACCAAUGGGAAAUGUGGACGGAUCCUCAGUCAGGUCUCUUACAGGCUCUUUGAAGACACUGGCCUGUUUGAGACAUUCAAGAUUCCUGUUAAAGAAUUCAUGAACUACUUCCACGCCCUCGAGAAUGGUUACAGAGACAUACCAUAUCACAACAGGGUCCAUGCCACAGAUGUGCUCCAUGCAGUCUGGUACCUCACCACGCAGGCUGUGCCCGGUCUGCCCAGCCUCGUCACCGACCACGGCUCUGCCAGUGACUCAGACUCCGACAGCGGCAUAACGCACAGUCACAUGGGCUUCCUGGUUUCAAAGACCUACACUGUGUCAGAAGACGGUUACGGCUGCAUGUCAGGCCUCAUACCUGCUCUGGAGCUCAUGGCCCUUUAUGUGGCCGCCGCGAUGCACGACUACGACCACCCAGGGCGGACCAACGCGUUCCUUGUGGCCACCAGCGCCCCGCAGGCAGUGCUCUACAAUGAUCGAUCCGUUCUGGAAAACCACCACGCUGCCUCAGCCUGGAACCUCUUCAUGUCGAGACCAGAGUAUAACUUCCUCGUCAACUUGGACCAUGUGGCUUUCAAGCGUUUCCGUUUCCUGGUGAUUGAGGCCAUACUGGCCACUGAUUUGAAGAAGCACUUUGACUUCGUUGCUGAGUUCAAUGCCAAGGUAGGUGACGAUUCAUCUCCAGGCAUCGAUUGGUCCAAUGAGAAUGACCGGUUGCUGGUGUGCCAGAUGUGUAUUAAACUGGCUGACAUCAACGGACCUCUGAAGUGCAAGGACCUGCAUCUGCAGUGGACAGAGGGCAUUGUCAACGAAUUCUAUGAGCAGGGAGAUGAGGAGUCCAGUCUGGGUCUUCCUGUCAGCCCCUUCAUGGACAGAGCAGCACCACAGUUGGCCAAACUCCAGGAGUCGUUCAUCACGCACAUCGUGGGACCGCUGUGCAACUCGUACAACUCAGCCAGCCUCAUACCUGGACGAUGGGUGGAGCCCAACCCAGAGGCAGAGGAGCCAGAGAUGGAGAAUGAGGAAGAGGAUGAGGAGGAUACUGCAGAAGAAGACACAUCCACCAGCUCAGAAGCAUCACAGAAAGAAGCUUCAAAGAAAAGGACGAACGUCUUCUGUCACAUCACCCAGCACCUAAUGGAGAACCAUGAGAUGUGGAAGAAGGUGAUUGAGGAUGAGACCGAGAAACAAGGCCAAGGAGCAGAGUCUGCCCAUUUAAACAAUGUAGCUGAGCCUAUUUUGGCUAUUCAUGAGGAGGAAGAGGAGCCAGGCAGCAGAGAGGAGCUGCUGGAAGGAGAGGAUCCUGAGGAGGAAGUGGAGGAGGCGGAGUGGCCCGUGUCUCCGCUGGAGGAAUCUGAACCUCCAGAGGAACUACAGGAGGGGGAGCCGCAGUGAAAAAAGCCCAUGGGAAAAAAGGCGUCAGUCAGGGCAAGGACGUGAAAAAAAGUAUUUCUUUGUUUCUUAUCCUAUCAACUGACUCCUGUUCUUGCCAGCACAUCACUUAGACACAACACUGUAGAAGUUUUUGGAAAUGUGUGCCUAUACAGAGAAAAACAGGGUGGGAAAAAUUUGUGCUUUACACAUUUUAUCUGAAUAUCCAAAACAUUUAAAGGAGCGUUCCAUCUUGCAAUACGGGAUUCUUCGUGUACUUUGGGAUACAGACUCUUUUGCUACUGUCAAGAGAAGAGGAAGACUGCUUGCACAGACCUCAACCCAUUGUGGUAACACAGGACUGCAGAAAUUUGCUGCCAAUUUAUAAAUAAUUAUUUUCAGAAUGCAAUUAUAUAUAGACAUCACAGUUACCUGUAGUUGUGUUUCAAUUUUAGCAAGAGUUUUGGAGGUCUCACAUGGGCCAUAAUAUGUUUUUUUUUCUAUGUAUGGAUCAUAAAGGGAGUCAAUCAAAUGAGGAACAUUGGUGUAUCUUUCUUCCUAUCAACUUCUGCCAAAUUGAAUCACUCACCUCUGCAUUGUUGCAUAAAAUACUCAUCACUCAUUUUGUGUUUUACAGUUAUUGCCAAAUUAGGUACUUUAUAUCAUUCAGUGUAGCCAUAUUAUUAUAGGGAGGAGAUGUCCAGGCACCUCACACUGUCUGUGUGUUUGCAUGUGUGCGACUGGGACUUCGCUUAAACUGAUGCGCUCAUGUGCACAAAUUCUUCUGCAGAGGACGUAGAUGAAGUCAGCAGAUUACCUCUUACUCGUGCCGUCUCUGGUCUGCAGUCACAGGGAAAACAUAACGAUCACUGAACAUGCUGCACUGACAAAGCAACACUGAGUUGCUGGAAAUGAAUCUGUGCAGACAAAAGACACAAAAAGGGGAGACACACAGAACAUACCAUAAAAGUGUUAGGAGGAAAGUAAAAAGGAAAACAACAACGCAGGUAAUCAUGCCUGAUUGUUCUCAUCAGGAUCUGUGAAUUAUUCUCAGAGAAAUCAAUGAAAUCGAGUAAAACGCCCAACGUCACAAUGUUAAAGAAAAUGAAAAAAAUCAUUCUGAAUUAGCCUCCUGAUCUGGAUUAACCCCAAAACUUAGUGUGUCCUUCCCUGGCCUGUACUGCGUCCUUUUACCAGGUUCAGUGGAAGUGUUUCCAUAAUCCUGCUAACUAACAGACAAAAAAAACACAGGCGGAAAUAUAAGCUCCUUGGCGGAGGUAAAACGUCUAUAAUCUUUGAAUUCUUUAAAAAAAGACCACAGGUAGACUAUUGUUCUUUUGUCUUUUCAGUAAAUGUUGGCCCUGCUCAGUUUGCCGGCUCAGUGUGCUGAAUUAUGCUCUAAACUUACUGGUCCUCAUCAUGUAAACACCCGCAAACGAUGCUGACCUCUUACCCUCAGGAAACCCUCAACUGUAGAAAUGAUCACUUGUGAGGACAGUAAGUUAAAAACACACAGGGACGGUAGGUUACUUUAAUAUAAUAGUAAUAACAAUAUUAAAUCUUCUGCUUUGACUUUUAUAUCGUCUUUGCAGAGUCGUAGUUAAUCUGCCUGAACUCCUCUUCCAGCACCUCAGGGAGAUAUUCACUCUCUCCGAGUUUAGAGCAGACAGAGACUCCGGAGUGCAUCAUGCAGUGAGGAAGAUAUCCUGUUAAACUGUUGGGGUUAGGUUAGUUAGGGUGGAUAAAAGAGCAGGCUGUGUUGGCAAGUAUUCAUCAUCAGGUAAUUUGUCCUCAAAAUAUUGACGAUAGCCAAAACAAGCAUCUUAAGCUGUAGCUUAUUGUAUGAUAUACCUUUUUAUGGUGUAGGACAAGUGAUGAGGGAAUGGCCAAGAUAACAGUGACGACUGGUGUUUGUGUUCUUUUUUUUUCAAUUUUUGCACUUUGAAAUGUCAAACUUGUCAUUUGGAAUAUUUUGUCACUCAUGCUUCCUCCAUGUUCCUUUAGCUCCACAUUGGCCCUGAAAUAUUGGUUUGUGAUUUAGUUUCAUGAUGACAAAAAACUGUAUUAGUAGCACAAUGCCUCGAGUAUCUAUAUACAUGUAUAAUGCAAAUCUUUGGGACAUUGUUUUCUUAUUGCUUCAUAAUCGCUACGAUUUUUACAGACAGGUAGUGAGAGUCUUAGUAUUAGUCACCCCAGGCAUUUAACUGUAGAAAUCAAAAAAUGCAAUGCAAAUUGCAUUUUCUAAGAUUUUCCAAAGGACAUGGAAACAUUUUCAACACCGACAUGUUCAUGUGACUUGACAUAAUAACAGAACAUAAUGACAGCUUAACGAUCAGGGACUUGAUGCAUGACAAACUGUUUCAGCUGUAAAACUCAGUCACAUAACAGCCUCCCCCAUACUUUCCAUUAGGUAAACAUGUUACAUGUGCGACAGAAUGUCUCCGCUGAAUAUCCAACCCUCCUUUAAUAAUUCACAUUUAAACGGAAAAUGUGCAGGAGGGACCAAUGAAUAGAGCUUGAGUGUAAUUAGUAACGUGCUCCACGCUGAGUUGGUGAAUCAGCUAACGGUCACAUACAUGUGCAGCGAGGCAAUAUGUAUGAAUUAUCCACUGCCGAUCUUAUCCCCUUCACAUGACCUAUAUGCACAUCUUCAUCUGACUCAUGAGACACAAGCCACAUCUCUCUAUGGGUUGGUAACUCGUACUGUAACAGGGCUUUCAAUCAUAACCUUAUUUCUUUAAAAUCAAAGAAGUGGAGCCAUUAAUAUCAAACAUCAAUCAAUCAAAAUGUAUUGGUACAGCCCAUAUUCACACAUCACGAUUUGUCUCAUAGGGUUUACAGUGAUUUACGAUUUAAUAUGAUAUGAUAGAGCUUUCCUUUGAUCAAAAUAACAUUGUAAGACAAGAGUGUAGAACAUCAUGUCUUUGUGUCCUGCGUUAGUGUUCCCUCCUACCAGCUAAUGUUCCUGUCUGGGGCUGAAUAGCACGCUACAUCCAUUAUGACCCAUUUACUGCUGCACUCGCUCAACCACAGUCUGUGUCUGGCUGCGGGGGGGGGGGGGGGGACUCAGCCUCCUGCAGUUUAGGCCCCACGAGUUGAAGGUAAUUGGUUGACCCACUGAUUAGAAAGGCAUUAGACAGAAGGUCAUUAGCCAAAACCCUAAUAUCAGAGUAGGAUUGUCAAAGGCCACUGAAUCGAAAAAGCGUAAUUAUUUUUUUGGGCUUCUAUUGAUGGUGAUCACGUCAUCCAUUGUGUCUUGUAGCCAACGUUCCUGCUGUUUUCUGUACAUCGCCUGCUCCUCAUGCUAAUGAGACAUUGGUUAUGUUUCCUACAGCUUUGUGAAAGAUACGAGUGAUAUUUUAUCUGAGAACUACUGGAUUGUAUCACUCCAUGGGAUUGUCUGCAGAAGUGACCAACAAUCAGAAAACAAGACUGUUAUUUUGAUCGAAUCACCCUGAAAAUUAUUUGAUUUAUUCACAUUGACUCAACAUGAUGGAAAACGCUUCAUCAAAUGUGAUCUUUACAUGGGAUUUAUAUGAUAAAGUUAUGAGGAAAUGUAAUUGAAGUACAUAAAGUCAUCGUUUUGGCACAAUUCUUUUUUGAGUGUAAUACUAUUAUAUUUCUAGUUUCCCUCUCAGCUCCUGCUUUGUGAAUGUAUACAGUCUGUGUGUGUGUGAGAGAGAGUUGGAGAGUGUGUUUGCGUCUAUUUGUGUUCUUCCACUGGCCUCUCUAUUGGGACAUGGCCCGUUAUUGGACUAACUGUACUGUUGAGAAAGGAGGGAUGCAGUAAGCGGUGCCUCAGUUCUUCUCUUGGAUCUUCUCUCCUCUGGAUUCACACACAGCCGCACAUUUGUCCUUGCGCUUCCUCUCACCUCGCAGAACUUCCCCAACAAAUUCCCCAUGAAACCUCUUCUUCAUCAUCAUCCUUAAAGGGGAUGGGGUUCUGCUUGUUUUGUUCAUUUCUUCUUCAUCAUAUUUUUUUGUUUUUAACGAUGCAUGCAUUCUGCCCCAAUCACAUCAGCCUAAAGUCAAUACUGAUAUCAGUUUUGAUUGUGUGUUUUUAAUGUCUUAAUUGGUUUUAUUUCAUUGUCAUACUUAUUCCACACCUGUAGCAUAAUUGUAACCAUGGGAACCAAACAAGCUUUACAAUUAUGUAAACAAAAAUAAGUAUUUUUAUAUAGUUGACACAUGGUUAAAUAAUGAAUUGCUUUCUUCUCACUAGUACCUUGCACUUACCACAUGUACUAAUAUUUACACGAGGAAGAAUACGUCCAAAUACAUUUUAUUUGUGAAGGUAAAAUAGUAAUUAAUCUCCUUGCAGGUUGAUGCUCCAUUUUGUACAAUACACAUAUAUGCUGUACAGUAAAGAAAUUUUAAAACUACAAAAACUCUUUUAGAUAUACAUUAUUUAUUUUUACCAUUUUGUAAUUUAGACACUAUACUGUAGCUGCAAUGUUGCCAGACUUACUGGAAGUGCCUAUAUUGGUAUUAUGUAUCAUACAGUGAAUAUAUUUGAAGAUCAUUAGAAGUUGUCACAAACUGAACCAUGUGGAUGUUGUAAUGUGAAUACAUUGAAUUAUAAGACUAUAAUUUCUGUGGUA